UCUCAUCAUGGCGGUGUGCCAAUUCUAUCUGCGAGGCCUAUGUCGGUUCGGCAACAGUUGUAGGAACGAGCAUCCCCCUGGAAGAGAGGGUUCCCUAGCAGGGACUUCAUCGUGGAACUCUGCGACACAAACGACCACUCAACCGCCGAUGUACUUCACUAUGGACUCUUUGAAGGCGGACUUCGAUCCUGGCCCCAAAGGAGAGAAACCCCUGUGGCCGCUCAGUAACUAUGGCCCUAAUAAAUUCGAACCGAAUCUAUUCCCUCCCAUGGAUGAAUCAACCGAAGAAAUGCGCGUUAAAUAUCUGCUUGCUCAGCGCAACAAUACUCUCAACGAAUACCUGGCAUAUGAAUCGGAAAAGCUAGCAGCAGCCGAAAAGGUCAUCUCUAGCGCUCGCAGUAAUCUCAAAGAAGUCUACCAGCUUGCCAAAGGACAAACUUCCUACGGAGGCGAAAUCCCCACUCCAGAACAGACAACGGUCUAUAACCCCGACACACCCGCUCCAGCACAGUCGACUGGUGCCUUCGGUGGAGGUAGUGGUGGUGGUGCAUUCGGUGGUGGAGGGGCAUUUGGAGGUGGCACAUCAGCAUUCGGAGUCGCAGCAAAAGCGCCCGCAGGAGGAGCUUUCGGUGGUGGUGCUACGGGUGGGUCGGCAUUCGGAGGAGGAACUACGGGAGGUUCAGCAUUCGGUCAACCUUCAGCCUUUGGUGCCCUAGGAAAUGCCAACAAAACCUCAGCCUUCGGCGCCGCUGCAACAAGUGCCCCUUCAGCCUUUGGGAAUCCCGCGUUCGGGCAGUCAGGCUUCGGAGCGUCGACGUCUGCUGCACCAGCCACCACAUCCGCCUUUGGACAACAAUCUACCACACAGCCGACUUCGGCUUUCGGCCAACCAGCAUUCGGUCAGGCAGCUGCUCAACCCACCUCUGCAUUUGGCCAGCCAGCUCUGAAACCAGCCACGAGCGCGUUUGGUGCUGCCGCUCCUAGUGGUGGUGGUGCGUUUUCCGCCUUCGCCGGUAACAAGCCAUCUGCUUUUGGAUCGGGUGCUGCGCCAUCGGGACCUAGUGCAUUUGGAGGUGCUGCACCUUCGACCGGUAGCGCGUUUGGCGGGACGUCAAAUACAGGCGGUUCAGUCUUCGGACAGACAGGAUUCGGCGGUGGCGGCUCGGCAUUUGGUGGUGGAACCAAUGCGGCAACGACAGGAGGCUCAGCGUUUGGACAACCGAGCGCAUUUGGUGCCUUAGCUCAGCAAUCGCAGCCCACCUCUGCAUUUGGGCAACCGUCGCAGCCUUCACAGCCCACAUCUGCGUUCGGACAGGCUGCAGCACAGCCGACCUCUGCCUUUGGACAGGCCACAUCGCAGCCUACCUCUGCUUUCGGUGGACAACCCCAGCCGCAACAACAGCAGCAGCAGCAGCAGCAACCACAGCAACAGUCUGCUUUCGGUGCUUUCGGGCAAGCAAUACAGCCUCAGCAACCUCAACAGCCUACGUCCGCAUUCGGACAGCCCGCCCAGCCUACUUCUGCGUUCGGACAAGCUCCACAGCAGCAGCCACAACCUCAACAGCCCACAUCUGCAUUCGGCCAGCCCUCUCAACCUGUACAAGAGCCAGCACAGCCGCAAUCUGCUUUCGGCCAACCCCAACCUCAAGCAUCGUCACUCCCUGCCGCUCCCGCCUCCGCUGGUCUCCCCGCCCGCCCUGCGAACGCGCCUACAUCACAUGGUGCAGACUUCUCCACGCUGAAGUCAACGUUCAAGAAGGGACUAGAUAAAUAUGACGAACUGUUACCGCCGAAUUAUAUGGAGCUGAUACCGAAGACUGUAAAGGAGGCGUUUGAAGCAGCAAAGUUCGAGUGGAGUUUCGGAGGGAAGGAGUAUACCGUCGGUGUGCCCGAGUGGGUACCGCCGAUCGAGUUACGGUGAGGUGUGAGCUCGGUGUGAGUGAGCUCGGUGUGAGUGAGCUCGGUGUGAGUGAGCUCGGUGUGAGAGCUGUAGUCGUUUCGUCUGUGUCAAUUUACCUACGCAGUGUCUGUAAAUUAUCUUGCAUCCAGAUUGUUUUGUAUCACUACUCUCAUGCUUUGAUGUUAUCGUUUAUGUCCUUCUAACCGAUG